AUGACGGAUUCCGAAAGCGAUAAGUCAACGGUUACAACCACAACGCCUGCUGCUGGCGAAGUGGCGUUGGUUGAUAUCUCUGCCGUGCUGGAAUAUGUAAAGCGUGAGUUUAUUAGUGCAGGAACUGCAGCAUUAGAAGAAGCUUUUUCACAGAACGGAAAUGUGGAAUGUAUGCAAAAGUUCAUUAGUGAUCCACAAGUACCGAUGUUAAUUGUUGAUCGGAUCGCUGCGAGAGAUUUAGAUACAAAUCCAGAUGAUGCUGUUGAGGAUGUUACUUCAGUAUUUCGCAUUUCCAAUGAAACGGCUAAACGUACCGAGCGAACAACAUCAUUACUGCUGCUAAAAAGUGGCGCAUAUGUUGAGGUUGAUAAACCAGUUGAAGAUCAACUGUAUGUUGUAAGAAUACCAGAAGGUAAUGCCUAUGACGUACUUCUAUCGAUUUUUGGACGCAUUGGAACGCCACUUUUCAAGUCUUUAAUUGAUUAUGGUCGGGGUGAACGAGAUGGUGAUAAGCUUACAUUGUCGGUUGAAAAACAUUUGAGUGAGGUAGAAGUGGCUUUACUCCACAUGCAGCAGAAUAUCGAUAUACCAGAAAUUAAUCUGACGAUCCACCCAGUGAUUCAAAAUACUAUUCAGCAAGCUGUUGAAAAAGGACAUAAAGCUCGAGUAACUGAUUUGGGCAAUUUGGUUGAAAGUUCAGUUUUUUUAAAUGCCUUACAAAAAGGCGUCAAUCGGUGGGUCAAGGAAAUCCAAAAGGUGACAAAGCUGGAUCGCGAUGCGGGCUCAGGAACUUCACUGCAGGAAAUGACAUUUUGGUUGAAUUUGGAAAGGGCUUUGCAAAAGAUUGCGCAGAAAAGGGAAUCAGACGAAGUAACUUUGACGUUAGAAGCGUUGAAAUGCGGCAAGCGAUUUCAUGCGACAGUAUCAUUUGACGCCGAUACAGGCCUUAAGCAGACGUUAGCAAUGGUGAAUGAUUAUAAUGUGUUGAUGAAGGACUUGCCUUUAAAUGAACUGAUGGCUGCAACAGAUAUGGAUAGCAUUAAAAAUGCCUUAGCGAAUAUAUUUACACAUAUGAAAAAAUUACGUAAUACAAAAUAUCCAAUUGCUCGAGCGCUACGUUUUGUGGAAGCCAUUUCAAAGGAUGUUUCUACCCAAAUGUUAAAGGCACUUGGUACUAGACGAUUGAUGAACAUUCCGCUAGGAGAUUUUGACAGUUUAAUGGGUCAAUGUUUUGCUGUUUUUUCUACAUGGAAUGAUGAAUAUGACAAACUAACAACCUUAAUGCGCGAUUUGACAAAGAAAAAGCGUGAUGAGCAGCUCAAACUAACAUGGAGACUUAAUCCUCAGCACAAAAAAUUAGAAAGUCGUCUUGACCAAAUGCGACAGUUUCGUCGACAACAUGAGCAGUUACGCACAGUUAUAUCACGGGUAUUGAAACCAGUAGGACAGAAAGGGGAGAAGCGAUCUGAUUCAGAUGUUGAAAAAACAUCGACCUUACAUGCUCCAGAGUUAAGCGCUAUCGAACAAGUCAAUACAGCGUAUGAAAAUGUUAAGGAGGUUGAUUGUUUGGAUGUGAGCAAUGAUGGUACUAUCGCAUGGGAAGCUGCUAUACGUAGAUACGAGGACCAGAUUGAUCGUGUAGAAACUCAGAUUACUGCAAAAUUACGGGAUCAAUUGGGUGGUGCUAGAAAUGCUGAUGAAAUGUUCAUGAUUUUCCAACGGUUCAAUGCUCUUUUUGUUCGACCACAUAUCCGUGGUGCAAUACGAGAAUAUCAGACACAACUGAUACAGAGAGUAAAAGAGGAUAUAGAUAAAUUACAGACCAGAUUUAAAAAUUUCAAUGAAGCAGAUAAUGCAAGAAUAUUGCGAGCCAUUGAUAUACCACCCGUUACUGCAUCGAUUCUUUGGAUUCGUCAGAUCAGUAGUAAAUUGACACAAUAUAUGAAACGGAUCGAAGAUGUUUUAGGCAGGGGAUGGGAAAAUCAUGUCGACGGUCGACAGCUGAAGUUAGAAGGAGAUAAUUUCCGACAAAAAUUAAACACACAACAUAUUUUUGAUGAUUGGGUUGCACGUGUGCAGGCUAAAAAUAUUUCCUUGACUGGACGAAUUUUCAUCAUUGAAAAACGUCAGAAAGAUGGCAAAAUCGCGUUGAAUUUGAAAGUGAAUUUCUCGAGUGAUGUCGUUACUUUGUUUAAAGAGGUUCGGAAUAUGAAACACAUGGGUUUUCGGAUCCCAUUAAAGAUCGUUAAUACGGCCCAUCAGGCGAAUCUUUUAUAUCCAUUUGCAAUUUCGUUGUUGGAAUCUAUUCGCACUUAUGAUUCAAUAAAUAAACGAAUAGCAAAUAAAGCUGGAGUGAACAUGUUGAUUGUGGCUUACAAGAAAGAUAUACAAGGACAGCUAGCUGAGGGUAAUUCACUUACAUGGGAAUCAUACAAAAUGGAUCCUUACGUUGUCAAGCUUUCUUCUUCAAUCAAUAAUUUCCAGGAAAAAGUAGAGGAAUUGGAUAUACUUCUUGACAGGAUUGAGGUUGAUCUUGCUGCUCUAGACACAUGCCAUUACACAUCGACAACAAUUGGUACUUUGCUUGACUCGAUACAAAAAGCAGUUGAUCAACUAUCUUUGGGCAAUUUUUCUAAUUUGCACCACUGGGUUAACUCGAUAGAUGCAAAGAUUGCUAAGAAAUUGGCAUCUCGCGUUGAAGAAGCAAUUCACCUUUGGAUUGUUGUACUUGCCAAUGAUGAGUUCGAAGAUGAAAGUGAUGAAAAAGGCACUUUGCCCAUCCUUCAACCGAUAGUUUUGGAAAUGCGGGUUACAUCACAAGUGAUGUAUGUUAGUCCAAGCAUUGAGCAAGCUCGAGCUCACUUACUGGACCAACUAUUCGCCUGGCAGUCUGUAGUCACAAAUCAGCCACGCAUAUCCAGCACGCGAUUCCAGUUAACCCUCACAAAGGAUAGUACAGAAGCUACCUAUCGUGAUGUGUUGGCGCAUCUUCCACAAGGCCAAAAAAUUAUUGAGCAAGCUUAUAAUACUGUUGAAAGAGUUAUGAAAGAAGUGACUGAUUAUGUUGGCGAGUGGCUGCGAUAUCAGGCCCUUUGGGAUUUACAACCCGAUGUUUUAUAUGAAAGACUUGGAAGUGAUGUAUCGAAAUGGAUGAAAACAUUAGUUGAAAUUCGAAAGUCAAGAGCAACAUUUGAUACGCAAGAGACGAGAAAAGAGAUUUUUCCAGUGGUUAUUGACUAUACUAAAGUUCAGUCGAAAGUUUCUCUCAAAUAUGAUUACUGGCAUCGUGAAAUCCUGCAGAAAUUCGGCUCUUAUGUUGGGCAGGAAAUGCAAGUAUUCUUUUCUGAUAUAUCAAAAUGGCGUAAUGAGCUCGAAGAACAAAGCGUUGAUAGUGGUACAACAACGGACGCUAUUCAGCUUAUAACAUACGUUCAGCAAUUGAAGAAAAAAACAAAAAUUUGUCAAGAUAAAGUUGAACAAUUUCGAGCUGCACAGCGUCUGCUCACUCAGCAGCGCUAUCAGUUUCCGAAUUCAUGGUUAUAUUCCGAAAAUGUUGAUGGCGAGUGGUCGGCUUUGAGUGACAUUUUGGAACGAAAGGAUUCUGCUAUUCAGGCACAAGUUGCCAAUCUCCAAACAAAAAUCAAAGAGGAAGAUGAAAUGGUAGAGAAACGAACGCAAGAUGUCCUUGCGGACUGGGACAAAUGUAAACCAGUUCAAGGAACACAAAGACCCAAUGAAGCUUUGGUUGCACUGGCAACAUUCGAGGCAAAAUUGAGUAAGGUGAAAGAAGAUCGAGCAAAUAUGGUGAAGGCAAAGGGAGCGCUAGAAAUGGCUGAACCAGUUUUCACUGCGAAUCACGCUGCAAAAUUGGAUAUUGCUGUGGAAGAGCUAUCAGAUCUAAAAGGUGUAUGGCAGUCGUUGAUGCCCAUGUACGAUGCCGUUGAUGAGCUAAAAGAGAAAACGUGGUUAUCGGUGCAACCACGCAAACUACGUCAAAGUUUAGACGAACUCCUUGCUCAGUUGAAGCAAUUGCCAGCGAAAUAUCGUUCUUAUGAUUCUUACGAAUAUGCUAAGCGAAUGCUUCAUAAUUAUUCUAAGAUGAAUAUGAUUGUUGUUGAACUGAAAUCCGAUGCAUUGAAAGAGCGCCAUUGGAAGCAGCUGAUGAAAGAACUUCGUGUUUCUUGGAAUUUAUCAGAAUUAACAUUGGGACAAGUAUGGGAUGCUGAUUUGCUGCGCUAUGAAUCAGCUAUUAAGCAAGUAUUACUAGUAGCUCAAGGCGAACUCGCAUUGGAAGAGUUCUUGAAGCAGGUGCGCGAAUAUUGGCAGUCAUUUGAAGUUGACCUUGUGAAUUAUCAAAAUAAAACAAAACUUAUUCGCGGAUGGGACGAUCUGUUUGGUAAACUGAAGGAGCAUAUGAAUUCGCUUACUGCAAUGAAGCUAUCACCCUAUUAUAAACAAUUUGAGGAAGAUGCGUUGGCAUGGGAAGAGAAGCUGAAUAAAAUAAGUGCACUGUUCGAUGUUUGGAUUGAUGUGCAACGUCGAUGGGUGUAUUUGGAUGGAUUAUUUUCGGUAUCGGCGGAUAUUAAUACUCUUUUGCCUGUAGAGUCGAGUAGAUUUUCAAGUGUUUCCACUGAAUUUUUGGCAUUGAUGAAGAAAGUAAUAUCAACAUCUCGAAUCUUGGACAUAGUUAAUAUGCAAGGAGCACAACGUCUCUUGGAACGUCUAGCUGAUAUGCUUGGGAAAAUCCAAAAGGCUUUAGGUGAAUAUUUGGAACGUGAACGAAACUCAUUCCCUCGAUUUUAUUUUGUUGGUGAUGAAGAUUUACUCGAAAUUAUGGGUAAUAGCAAGGAUAUUACACGUGUGCAAAAGCAUUUGAAAAAAAUGUUUGCUGGUAUCUCAGCAAUUGAUGUCGAAGAGGAUAAUACUUUAAUAACAGCUAUGAGCAGUCGCGAGGGAGAAAGAGUGAAGCUGAUGAAACCUGUCAGUGUCAAGGAGAAUCCUCUUAUCAACGACUGGUUGCGUUUGGUUGAAUGUGAAAUGCGGAAUACACUAACGCAUCUGCUGGAUCAGUCAUUAUCGAUAUUUUCGAAAUUUGAUAUGAAUUCGGUCGAAUCACAAGAAUACAUGGCCUGGCUUGAUCAGUUUCCGGCACAAAUAAUUGAGCUAACAGCUAAUAUUUGGUGGUGUUCUAACAUUGAAAAACAUUUCGCCCAAGGGAAAACUGUAGAAGCUGUCGAAGAUGUUGUGGACAAAACACUCUCAUUAUUAGCAGAUAGCGUAUUAAGCGAACAACCCGCUAUUCGACGAAAGAAAAUUGAAGCAUUGAUAACAGAAUUUGUGCACAAAAGAGAUAUUUGUCGGUGUUUAAUCCAGAACAAAAUUGUUUCUGCCACAAGUUUCUAUUGGUCCAGAUGUAUGCGCUUCUAUUUUGAUCCACGGAAAUUGGACCCAUAUUCAUGUUGUGUCAUGAAAAUGGCGAAUGCUUAUUUUCCAUAUGGUUUUGAAUAUUUGGGCUUGCAAGAAAAGCUUGUUCAGACUCCUUUAACAGAUCGUUGCUAUCUGACUAUGACUCAGGCUUUAAAUUCAAGAUUAGGUGGUAGUCCAUUCGGACCUGCUGGUACUGGUAAAACUGAAAGCGUUAAAGCACUGGGCCACAAAAUUGGUCGUUUUGUGCUCGUAUUCAACUGCGAUGAAACAUUCGAUUUUCAGGCAAUGGGGCGAAUUUUGGUAGGUUUAUGUCAAGUGGGCGCAUGGGGUUGUUUCGAUGAAUUUAAUCGUCUUGAAGAACGUAUGCUAUCAGCUGUUAGUCAACAGAUUCAGACUAUUCAAGAAGCUGUUCGGAGUGGUGGACAAAUGCAGGUUGACUUGGUUGGAAAAACAUUAUCAGUAAAUUCAAACAUGGCAAUAUUCAUUACCAUGAAUCCAGGUUAUUCAGGUCGUUCUAAUUUGCCAGAUAAUUUAAAGCAGCUUUUCCGUUCACUGGCCAUGACACAACCAGAUCGACAACUUAUUGCCCAAGUGAUGCUUUUCUCGCAAGGUUUCAGAACGGCUGAAAAGCUCGCAAAAAAGAUUGUACCGCUGUUCAUAUUAUGCAAAGAGCAGUUGUCGGAUCAGUGCCACUACGAUUUCGGUCUUCGGGCUUUGAAGUAUGUGCUUGUGAGUGCUGGCAACAUUAAACGAGAUGAAAUUCAACGUAUGAUUGAAAAUCGGAGCGAUAUAGGCGAAAGUGAUAUUUCAAGUGAAGUAUCCGAACAACAAAUCCUGAUACAAUCUGUAUGUGAAACGCUGGUACCAAAACUUGUAUCAGAAGAUAUAGCUUUGCUCUUUUCUCUACUUUCUGACGUUUUUCCUUCGAUACAAUACAAACCAAGCCAGAUGGAUGGACUCCGAAAUGAAAUCGCGAAAGUAUGCGAUCAAUUACUUCUCUGCCAAUCAUCAACACCUGGUGAGCUCGGCUCAGCAUGGCUAGAAAAGGUGUUGCAGUUGUAUCAGAUUACGAAUUUAAAUCACGGUUUGAUGCUCGUCGGUGCCAGUGGUAGUGGUAAAACAACCGCAUGGAGAGUGUUGUUGAAAGCACUAGAGCGCCUUGAAGGAGUAGAAGGUGUUGCAUACGUCAUUGAUGCCAAGGCGAUGAGCAAGGACGCUUUAUAUGGUGUUCUUGAUCCAAAUACACGUGAAUGGACCGAUGGUCUUUUUACGCAUAUUAUUCGUAGAAUUAUUGAUAACGUGCGAGGUGAGACAUCAAAACGUCAGUGGAUAAUAUUCGAUGGUGAUGUUGAUCCUGAAUGGGUUGAAAAUUUAAACUCUGUACUUGAUGAUAACAAAUUGCUUACGCUACCGAACGGUGAACGCCUUGGGAUACCAUCAAAUGUUCGUAUAAUCUUCGAAGUUGCGGACUUGAAGUACGCUACACUAGCAACAGUAUCUCGGUGUGGUAUGGUUUGGUUUAGCGAAGAAUUGAUUACGUGUGAGAUGUUGUUCGAUAAUUUCUUGAAACGUUUGAGAAACGUUCGUCUUGAUAUUGAGCAAUCGAUUGAUUUAUUGUCUUUGAAUGGAUCAAAAGAAGGCUCAAUGACACAAGAAGCUGAACGCAUAAUGAAUUUGCAACGAAAAUGUGCCCAUUAUUUAACACAACAUAUGAGUGCCGAUGCGCUUGUUCCAUUGACUUUGAAAUAUGCGCUAACAGAACUUGAUCAUAUCAUGAUACCAACUCAGCAGAGAAUGAUAUCUUCAUUUUUUUCAAUGAUGAAUUACGCUGUUCGACAGCUCAUCAACUACGACAACGCUCAUCCUGAUUUCCCUAUGACAGAUGAGCAAAUUGAAGCUUAUAUAUCACGUUCCAUGCUUGUGAACAUCGUAUGGGCAUUUAGUGGUGACGGCAAAUGGAAAUCUCGUCAGCAAUUGAGCGAUUUUAUACAUCAGUCGUCCACCCUUUCUUUGCCACCAAAUACUACGUUACCAAUCAUUGACUACGAAGCAGCAUUAUCCGGAGAGUGGGUACAAUGGGUUUCUAAAGUGCCGCAGAUGGAAGUGGAAACACAUCGUGUUGCAGCUGCUGAUUUAGUUAUACCUACAAUAGAUACUAUGCGGCAUGAAAUGCUUCUGAAUACUUGGCUUUCGGAGCACAAACCAUUGGUACUUUGUGGUCCACCAGGUUCUGGAAAAACAAUGACUCUUCUUUCUGCUCUUCGUUCGUUGCAGGAUAUGGAUGUUGUAAACGUUAAUUUCUCGUCAUCCACCACUCCUGAGUUAUUGAUGCGCACAUUUGAUCAUUAUUGCGAAUAUCGCCGCACACCGAACGGUGUCGUUCUCUCACCAGUACAGAUUUCGAGAUGGCUGGUCAUAUUCUGCGAUGAGAUCAAUCUACCGUCACCUGACAAAUAUGGCACACAGCGUGUUAUUUCGUUUUUGCGCCAGCUCGUCGAAAUGAAUGGUUUCUAUCGUACGUCUGACCAAACAUGGGUAUUUUUGGAACGCAUCCAAUUUGUUGGUGCUUGCAAUCCGCCUACUGAUCCUGGAAGACAUCCACUUUCGUUGCGCUUUUUGCGCCAUGUUCCAGUGGUUUACGUCGAUUAUCCUGGCCAAACAUCGCUUCUACAAAUUUAUGGAACUUUCAAUCGGGCAAUGUUGCGUAUGGCUCCCUCGAUACGUAGCUUCGCAGACCCUCUGACAAAUGCAAUGGUUGAUUUCUAUCUACAGUCUCAAGAGCAUUUUACACAAGACGAUCAGCCCCAUUAUAUUUACUCCCCUCGUGAAUUAACACGAUGGGUGCGAGCUAUCAGCGAAGCGAUCAGCCCACUUGAUAGCGUUAGUCCAGAGGCGCUGGUUAGAUUGUGGGCACAUGAAGCGUUGCGUCUUUUCCAAGACCGACUUGUCCGUGACGAUGAACGUGAAUGGACCGAUCACUUACUUGAUACCACCGCUGAAAAGUACUUUAGCGCUUCUUGUGAUCUGAAACAGGCUCUGGAAAGACCUAUGCUUUAUUCAUGUUGGUUAACGAAACAUUAUUUACCGGUGUCGAAAGAACAGUUGAAAGAAUAUGUUACGGCACGUUUGAGAAGUUUCUAUGAAGAAGAGCUUGAUGUUCAAUUAGUGCUAUUCGAUCAAAUGCUUGACCACGUAUUACGUAUUGAUCGUAUUUAUCGUCAGCCACAGGGCCAUCUUCUUUUGAUUGGUACUUCCGGAUCAGGCAAAACAACAUUGUCUAGAUUUGUAGCAUGGAUUAAUGGGUUGUCCGUCUUUCAGUUGAAAGUUCAUUCGAAGUAUACAGCGACCGAUUUCGACGAGGAUAUACGAACAGUGUUACGUCGCACCGGUUGUCGCAAUGAGAAAGUGUGCUUCAUUAUGGAUGAAUCAAAUAUGCUUGAUACCGGUUUUCUAGAGCGCCUGAACACUCUACUCGCCAACGGAGAAGUACCAGGUUUAUUCGAAGGUGAUGAUUACACGACACUUAUGAGUCAAAUUAAGGAGGAUGCUCAUCGUCAAGGACUUAUGCUUGAUUCACCUGACGAAUUGUAUAAGUGGUUUACAGCACAAGUAAUGCGAAAUCUUCACGUGGUAUUUACGAUGAAUCCCUCUGGUGAAGGACUUCGAGAACGGUCUUCAACUUCUCCGGCUUUGUUCAAUCGAUGUGUGCUGAAUUGGUUUGGUGAUUGGACAGAUUCUGCACUUUAUCAAGUUGGUAUGGAAUUGACAAAUACGCUUGAUAUGGCUCGCCCAGAGUACCAGGCACCGCUUGCUCUUCCAGCAGUAUGCGAUCUUCUUCCGUCUCCUGUACAGUAUCGUCAUGCUGUUAUUAACACUUUCGUUCAUGUUCAUAAUUCUGUGAGAAAGGUGAACGAAAACGAGGCCAAACGUGGCCAUAGAGUGAUGGCACUAACUCCAAGACAUUUUCUCGACUUUAUCAAACACUAUAUCAACGUUUUUCAUGAGAAGAGGCGUGAUUUAGAAGAAGAAAAAUUGCAUCUAAAUAUUGGUUUAAACAAGAUCAGAGAGACUGAAGAACAGGUUUUGGAACUGCAGAAAUCAUUAACACUGAAGAGCAGCGAAUUGGAAACGAAAAAAGCUGCAGCUAAUGCUAAGCUAAAGGAAAUGCUUGCUGAUCAGCAGCGUGCAGAGAAGGAGAAGUUGGCUAGUGAGCAGUUACAAAAGGAGCUUGCUGAGUCACUUAUUGAGAUUGAAAAAAAACGUGCUGAGGUACAGGAAGAUCUGGCGCAGGUUGAGCCAGCUGUAGAGGAGGCAAAACAAGCUGUGAAAGGCAUCAAAAAAGGUCAACUUAUCGAAGUUCGUUCGAUGGCUGCACCGCCACAACCUGUGCGCUUAGCCCUUGAAUCAAUAUGUUUGCUACUUGGAGAGAAUGUUGGAAUGGAUUGGAAAGCUAUACGUGGCGUUAUGGUGAAAGAUGACUUCAUGCCAAGAAUUCUGAAUUUCGACACAGAUAGUAUUUCUUCAGAAACUCUGAAGAUGAUGGAGAAGUAUAUUCGUAAUCCUGAUUGGGAUUUCGAUAAGGUAAAUCGUGCUUCAUCAGCUUGCGGUCCAAUGAUCAAGUGGAUGAAGGCGCAGCUUUUAUAUUCGGAUAUGUUACGAAAAGUAGAGCCAUUGAGAAAUGAAUUGGAACGGUUAGAAAAAGACGCAAAAGUCAAAACAGCGAAGGGCGAAGAUUUGAAAAAGACAAUUGGAAAAUUAGAGCAGAGUAUUGCUGCAUACAAAGAAGAAUAUGCGCAAUUGAUUGGUCAGGCAGAAGCAAUUAAGGCGGAUCUAGCAACCGUGAAGGAGAAGGUUGGUCGCAGUACGCAGCUUUUGGGAAGCCUUGGCUCUGAAAGAGAUCGUUGGAAUGGCAGUUGCGAUGGUUUCAGUCAACAGAUGGAUUCGCUUAUUGGUGACGCAUUGCUGAGCGCUGCGUUUUUAGCUUAUUCCGGCUACUAUGACCAACAGUUGCGCGAUCUUCUUCUCCAUCGCUGGACGUCUUUUGUUGAGCAAGCAGACAUAAAAUAUCGCACAGAUUUGGCCCGUGUAGAAUAUCUUUCAUCAGUUGAUGAGCGUCUCGAAUGGAAUAAAAAUGGUUUACCGGUUGAUGAUCUUUGUGCCGAGAAUGCAAUCAUGCUUCAUAGAUUUAAUCGAUAUCCACUUAUCAUUGAUCCAUCAGGGCAAGCAAUUAAUUAUUUAAUGAAACAGUUUGCUGUAAAGAACAUCACAAAAACAAGCUUCUUGGAUGAUUCAUUCAGAAAAAAUCUGGAAUCAGCCUUACGAUUUGGAAACUCACUUCUUGUUCAAGAUGUCGAAAGUUAUGAUCCAAUCUUGAAUCCAGUUUUGAAUCGUGAGGUGAAAAGAACAGGUGGUCGUAUUUUGAUUAGAUUGGGUGAUCAAGAUAUCGAUUUGUCUCCAUCGUUCCAGAUAUUUCUAAUUACUCGAGAUGCUUCGGUUGAGUUUGCACCCGAUCUAUGCUCAAGAGUUACUUUUGUUAAUUUCACGGUAACACGUGCAUCGCUUGAGAUGCAGUGCUUAAAUCAGGUGCUAAGAAGUGAACGACCGGAUGUGGAUGAAAAACGCAAUGAUUUAUUAAAGCUACAAGGAGAAUUCGCUGUGCGACUAAGGCAAUUGGAAAAGGCACUGUUGGCAGCGCUCAAUGAAAGUAAGGGCAAAAUAUUGGAUGACGAUUCUGUUAUAUCUACUCUUGAGAAAUUGAAAAAUGAAGCCGCUGAAGUUGGUCGUAAAGCGGCUGAAACAGACAAAGUUAUGGCUGAGGUCGAAGCCGUAUCUCAACAUUAUUCACGUCUGGCCCAGGCUUGUUCACUGAUAUAUUUGAUGCUUCAACAGCUUAACGAAUUCCACUUUCUCUAUCAGUAUUCGCUAGACUUUCUGCUUGAGAUAUUUUUGGCAGUUCUAGUUACACCGCAACUUAAAUCCAUCACUGAUUAUGAACAACGGCUUAAAAUCAUAAUGUCGAACUUGUUCCAGAUGGUUUAUCGACGUGUUUCUUUGGGUAUGUUACACCAAGAUAAGGUACUGUUGGCGUUGUUGCUCAUGCGUAUUGCGUUGAAAGGCAACACAGAUGAACGUUCAUAUCAGUUGGAGUUCGAUCAUUUACUUGGCCGUUCUGAGAUUUUCAUUGGCCAAAAACAAGCAGAGGGUGCUGAGUCACUGCACGGCCUCAAUACGCAACAAAUGACAUCACUGUUCCAGUUAUCUCGUUUACCUGCUUUUACAAAUGUUAUUAAAAAAGUCUCUUCGAGUUUAGACUUUGGAAAUUGGGUCGUACUCGAUAAUCCAGAGCUUAAUGUACCAAUAAUUUGGGAUGAUGACGAUAAACUGACGAAAAUUGGGCGUUGCAUUAAUGAACUGCUCGUGAUUCAUGCUCUUCGACCAGAUCGCCUUUUGGCUUCUUCUCAUCAUCUUGUUGCUGCAGCUUUCGGUAAUGAAUUCAUGCAAGAAGACAAAGUAGUGAACCUGCGUGAAAUUGUCGAAAACGAAGUUAAUGCAAACCGUCCGAUUUUAUUGUCCUCUGCUAUUGGUUUCGAUGCAUCUGGUAAAGUUCAAGAUUUAGCUGUCGAAAUGGGUCGUGAUGUUACUCCAAUUGCAAUUGGUUCUGCCGAAGGUUUCUCUCAAGCGGAUGCAGUAUUAAAUUCAGCUUCCAAGUCAGGAAGGUGGAUUUUGUUGAAAAACGUACACUUGGCACCAUCUUGGUUGGCUCAGCUUGAAAAACGUUUACAUUCCUUGAAACCUCAUCCACAAUUCCGUUUGCUAUUGACUGCUGAAAUUCAUCCCAAACUACCACCACAGGUGUUGCGUGCAUCACGUAUUGUUGUAUAUGAACCGGCUACUGGCCUCAAAGCCAAUUUACUUCGUUCACUGAAUUCACUAGCGCCGCAGCGAAUCAAGAAACCGCCAGUUGAACGAUCACGCCUGUACUUUCUUAUGUGUUGGUUGCAUGCGAUUGUUCAAGAGCGAAUGCGCUAUAUUCCACUUGGAUGGGCGAAUUCGUAUGAAUUCUCUGAUGCUGAUUUGCGCGUAGCUUGCGAUACGUUAGAUGCAUCGGUUGAUGCAGUCGCUAUGGGGCGUGCCAAUGUUUCACCUGAGAAGCUGCCAUGGCAUACACUUCGAUGCCUAUUAUCACAAUGCAUUUACGGUGGCAAAAUUGAUAACGGAUUUGACCAAAUUCUGCUUGAUUGUUUCCUUGAGAAGCUUUUCACAGCUAAAUCUUUUGACGCUGAUCGUGUUCUUAUUAGUAAUAUUGAUGGUAAAGGAACUGAUCUUUGCAUACCGGAUGGUAAUUCGCGUGAGCAUCUUAUUCACUGGGCUGAAAAAAUGCCGUAUUUACAGUUACCGUAUUGGCUUGGUUUACCAAAUAAUGCCGAGAAAGUAUUACUGACAGUAAGAGGUGAAACUAUGCUUGCCAAUCUGCUGAAAGUGUCUGAUGAGGAGUUGGCAUUCACCGGUGAUGAUCAAAAAACUCAGUCUCCACCGUGGAUGAGUGUUCUUGCAGAACAAAGCUCUCAGUGGCUCAAGUUGCUUCCAAAGAACGUUCCCAAACUGAAGCGUUCAAUGGAAAACAUCAAGGAUCCACUCUUUCGCUUCUUUGAGCGGGAAGUUAAUCAUGGCACUCAUUUAUUGGCAAGUGUGAGAAGCGAUCUGAUAGAGGUACAGUCAGUUUGCAGAGGUGAACGAAAACAGAGUAACCAUACUCGUGCGUUAACACUAGCACUGAAUAAAGGUCUCGUACCAACUGAUUGGUUACGCUACACUGUUCCUAAAGUUGUUACUGUUAUGGCGUGGAUUCAUGACUUCACUGAAAGAGUGCAACAGCUUAUCAGAUUGGCUGGAUCUGCUUCGCUGAAGAAAGAAAGCGUUUGGUUGGGCGGGUUGUUUGCACCAGAAGCAUAUAUUACCGCUACAAGACAGACGGUAGCACAGUCAAAUCAGUGGUCUUUAGAAGAAUUACGUAUGCAUAUUGAAGUAGGCACGACGGAUGAUCGUCCCGAUACAUUUAAAAUUGAAGGUCUUCGAUUGAUGGGUGCGGUGUGCAAGAAAAAAAAUAAAUUAGAGAUUGUGGACGAGGUCAGCACGGAUUUAGAAAAUGUUACGCUGUCAUGGUUCCGCGAAGCAAGUCCCUCAAACAGUAUUACUCUUCCUGUUUAUUUGUACCGUGACCGGAAGAACUUACUAUUCAGUCUUGAUUUUGAUCUGGGCGAAGUUCAGAAGACAAGUUUAUAUGAAAGAAGUGUUGCUGUCACUUCGAACAGUUCACUAUCCUAA